AAUCUAUGUUCUGAGACCUAACCUGUUUACUAUUGUUGUUUUCAUUUUUAUAUGUUUUGAUUUGAAGAUAAUUAAAGUUAUAACUAUAUUACCGAUUCAAUUGACGAAGAUGCAUUCACGUCGUGGCAGAGGAAGAGGUUACUACAGGCAACCAAAAUCUGAACCUACAAUUCCUCCUAGCCGAACAAAUACAAUGAAAGCAAAGCAUUCAAUGAAACAUAGCAGCAAAUGCUGUGGGGAAGUCGAAAUGAGAUUGGGGUUGAAUGAAUCAGAAAUAUUAUUUUUGAAUCAGUUGAAGCAAUUAUGGAUGAUGCUCAAGAAGAGUACACAGGUUAUCGAUCUGAUAAUGAAUUACUAUCGACAGUACCAAGGAAAUCCCUAUGAACAAGCUUUAAGACUAUUGUUUAACUGUAAUGAUUUUUACAAUUCUAAGCCAAAUUCUCUUCCGGUUUUUAUAAUUGAACAUUUUAAAUCUUUCAAAAAAGAACAACAAAAUAGAUUGCAGGUCUUUUUAACACCUGAAAUUAAGCUGAAUGCAUAUAAGUUAAUGUUAAAACAGAAUGCGUCUUCUUUAACCAAGUUGGUUGCGGAAAUUUUUGAAAUGAGUGCUAGUAAAGAGAUAUUUGUAGACUUGGUGAAAUGUUUGAUUGACAAGAAACAGUACAAAGAGGCUUGCCAAAGUAUUAUCCUGUUUAAUCUACAAGAACAAUUUGAACUGGAGGAUUGCUUAAUUCCCUUAAUUUACCAAGACAAAUUAUUUUUAUUAGAUGACUACUUAGCUUGUAGCCAAAGAAUUCAAGAAGAAUUUGUUGUUUAUUUAGAUAAGCUUUUGGGAAUGCCAUCAAUCCGACAAGCUGUGAUUGACUUUGCUGCUACUCACAACGUACAAGAGAUAAAAUGGGAAAAGAUGCAAGGAAAAUCGUUCAAAAAAUUGCUUGUUAGGCUGACUAAAAAGUUUGAUCUUUCUACACAUUUAACACCCAACUUGAACAAAAGGAGAAAUGCUGGUGCUCUGAAUUUUCUUAUGCAAAAGAGAUACAGUGGAGAUGGUUUUAGUGACGAAAGUUGGAAAGAAAUGGUUCAAGAGGCCAUUGGAGAUGAUGAAGAUCUACAGAAAGAGCUUUUGCAUCAAUUGAAUUAUUAUGAGGACCUAGCGGAAGCAUUGAAAUGGGCACAUUUCUAUAAUGUAGAUAAAGAACAUUGGCCACAUACCCUUAGAGUUUUUGCCGAUAAUAGGGCGGUCUCCACAAGAGGGUAUGGACAGACUGAAUAUUGGGAUGAGCCACAACCUUCCAUAGAAUAUUAUAAAUUGGGUCUUGAUGUUGACGCUAUUCGUAUGGUGGAUUCGGCAAGCACAUUUCAGGAUUUCUUGGAUAGAGGCUUGAAGGAUGUAGAUAUUGUAGGAAUAGAUUGUGAGUGGAAACCUAGCUUCGGUCUGCAGAAAUCCGAGCUUGCGUUGAUGCAGAUCGCAACUAGACAAAAUGUGUUCAUUCUUGAUGUACCUGCCUUGAGUUCCAAAGCGCCAUACGCUUGGAGUAACCUCGAGAAUAUGCUUUUUAAGAAGAGUAACAUCUUGAAAUUAGGAUUUUCUUUGCUGAAUGACCAAGCUGUUAUCGAAGACACAAUAUCAGGACUGAAGUUUGGUUCGAAACAGUUUGGUUUUCUGGAUCUGUUAUCUCUGUGGAAUGCGCUGGGAAAGUAUCCAGAGGUCAUUCUGCCACAUGCCCAAUCUGGAGGACCCAGCCUCAGCACCCUUGUCCAUCAGUGCUUAGGUGCUCCUCUAGACAAAUCCGAACAGUUUUCCAAUUGGGAUAAGCGACCGUUGAGGUUGAGCCAGUUGGUUUAUGCGGCACUAGAUGCUUAUUGUCUGAUAGAAGUGUAUGACGUGAUAAGACGAUGCUGUGACAGGGUAAACUGCCCCUUUGAAGAGAUCUGUUAUAAUUUGAUGAUGCACAAUAAGGAUUCCAAGAAGAAAAACAAAAAGCCUAAAGGAAAGGAUAAUCAGAAGGCCUCCGUGGAAAUCCCCCAGCCUGAAUGCCAUAUAACCGAAGACAUAACGGUCGAUAGAAUAAAACUUGUCUGUGAUACGAUGCUACAAGGGUUAGGUAAAAAGUUGAGGAGAUGCGGUAUAGAUACAGCAAUAUUGGAAAACAAUCAUGACCACAUGGAAUGCGUUCAGUUAGCACAAGACGAGGAAAGAUAUAUUCUCACUAAGGGAACCGUUUUCAAUAAGUUGGUAGGUUAUGUAUGUCCAGGAUAUUGCUACAGAGUGAUGAGCGAAGACGUGGAAGUUCAGUUGAAGGAAGUUUUGGAGUAUUAUCAUAUAAAAGUAUCAAAGGCCGACGUGUUUAGCAGAUGUCAAUUUUGCAACGAAUGUUGUUUUGUCAAAAUUGGCCGUUCAACGAUGCAACUGAUGGCUUCUCAAAACCAACCCACCCGUUUUGCACCUCCACCACCUUGCUACAUGGAUGAAGCCACGGGGUUCUCCAGCGACGACGAUGAUUAUUAUGACGAUGAUGCUCAUUAUACUCCCGAAAGAAAAUGGGAUUUAGUUCCUGAUGAAAAUAUAGAUGUCGGCCUUCGUGAAACCCGUCGAGGAGUCAAAAUACAAAUGGCUCACAUUCCAGAAGAUAUCUUGAAUAAAGCCGAAGUAUUUUACAUAUGCGAGCAGUGUGGGAAGGUUUAUUGGGAUGGAAGUCACCUAGAAAGAGUACUCCAUGGGGCUCUGCAAGAUAUUGUUCAGUGAAAUUAAUUUUUUAUAUAAAUAAACUUAGAUAAUCUUAUUGAUUCAUAUUAAUGUCGUUUUUUUCAAGUAUUACAAGUAAAUUUGAUUAUUUUAAUAUAUUCGUAUAUAUCCUGUUUGGAAAUUAACAAGGAAAUAAAGGAUGCUACAUAUUAAUCGUUU